AGGGGAGCGCUUCCGUCUCCUGCCAUUUCUUUUCAUUUUCUUCUUUCACGGACGUUGUUCCUAUUGAAGAAAAUUCAUCAGGAUGGGUCGUAUGCACUCGCAUGGAAAGGGUAUAUCCCAGUCUGCGCUUCCUUAUCGACGAAGUGUGCCAACUUGGUUGAAGUUGACACCAGAAGAUUGUAAAGAACUCAUUUACAAGCUAGCAAAAAAAGGACAUACACCGUCUCAAAUUGGUGUUAUUCUUCGUGACUCACAUGGAGUAGCGCAAGUGCGAUUCCGUACAGGAAAUAAGAUUCUGCGCAUCGUAAAAAGCAUGGGCUUGGCUCCUGAUUUACCAGAAGAUUUGUACUAUCUGAUCAAGAAAGCUGUUGCUGUGCGCAAACAUUUGGAAAGAAAUCGUAAAGAUAAAGACAGUAAAUUCCGUCUGAUUCUUGUCGAAUCGAGAAUUCACAGGUUGGCACGAUACUACAAAGCUAAGGGAUCUCUCCCGCCAAAUUGGAAGUACGAGAGCUCAACGGCUAGCGCUCUCGUGGCUUGAGUUUAUUUACUGUAUUUACAUAUUAUGCUUUAAAUAAUAAACUUUAAAGACACCAA